AUGGCAUCAAACGGCAUCCCCAAGAAGAGAAUUUUUCUCAACUUCUUCGAAAAUGGCUGCGUAGGCUCCCACAUGGCCCCAGGACAGUGGCGCGACCCUCUGGACAAGGGACACACCAAGGACAGAAUCGAGUACUGGCUGAAUCUGGCCAAACUUGCAGAACGCGGCAAGAUCAGCUUCAUCUUCAUUGCUGAUUCAUAUACUUCUCAUGAAGUCUACUCUGGGUCUGCGGAUCCCAUGCUCCGAGCUGGAGCUCAGAUCGCUGUUAUGGAUCCAGUGACUCUUGUCUCUUCUAUGGCAGCCGUGACCAAGAAUCUCGGGUUCGGAAUCACAGCAAGCACCAGCUACAUGACUCCCUACAUGCUCGCUAGAACAUUUUCUUCCCUGGACCACCUCACCAACGGCAGAGUUGGGUGGAAUGUCGUAACUAGCUGGAGCAAGUCGUCAGCACGUGCACUUGGGCAUGAAGAUGUUGUUCCUCACGAUGAGAGAUACGCUUGUGCUCAUGAGUACAUGGAUCUUGUGUACAAGCUCUGGGAAAGCAGCUGGGCAGAUGAUUCGGUAGUCUGGGAUCGGGAGAGACGCAUUGCUUAUGACCCCAAGAAGGUGCAAAGAGUGGAACACAAGGGCAAAUAUUUCAAUGCAUCCGCGAUAGGACCACUUCACCCGUCUCCCCAGAGAACUCCUCUUCUUUGCCAAGCCGGUACCUCUCCAGCUGGAAAGGCUUUUGCUUCAAAGCACGCAGAGGCUAUCUAUGUCGGAGGACUGUUCCCAUCUCAGACCAAGGGUAACAUCGCCGCCAUUCGGGCCAGCGCAGCCGCCAAUGGGCGAAACCCGAAGCAAAUCCUAUUUUUUGUCGGUAUCUCUCCUAUUCUUGGAAAGACUAUUGAGGAGGCCCAGGCCAAGUACGAAAGGGCACGUGAAAAUGCCGACGUGAUUGGUGGACUUGCACAGUUCUCGGGCUAUACAGGCAUUGACUUGUCGCGCUUCCCCAUUGACGAAGUCAUGGAGCUCAAGGAGCAGCCUGGAGAUACUGCCAUUCACUCUAUGCUCGAGAACUUCAACAAGACCACGGGCAACUCUGAUCCUUGGACACCACGACGAUUGGGAGAGUUCAUGGCGCUCGGAGGAUUCCACCCAGCCCCAGUAGGUACACCUGAGAUGGUUGCGGACGUCUUUGAAGAAUGGAUCAACGAGGCAGAUGUGGACGGUUUCAACAUUUCCUAUACUAUCACUCCGGGCAGUCAAGAGGACAUUGUGGACCUUCUCGUCCCUGAGCUUCAGAAGAGAGGCUUGAUGUGGACGGACUAUGAAGUAGAAGGAGGAACUCUUCGGGAAAAUAUUUAUGGUGUGAAGGGAGAGUCAGGAUUACCCUCAGGACACUAUGGAAACAAGUUCAAAUAUGGUUCAGGUUUUGAGGGAGACUCUAUCGAGGCACUCAAGAAUGCUGGAGACGCAGAAACUUCUGCCGUGCCUGACAGGACUAUUUAG